UAUCCACUGUAGUGACCAGUUUGCGUGAACAUGUCGACUCCUCCACAGCUGUCACGUCAUGUUGAAGUAACUUGAGUUUCUUGUCUUCAUGCAGGACUUCCUACACUGACUGCAGUGGUUUGUGGGAUUUCCGGCGUCUAUGGUAAAUACAAAGUGGAGCUGACGGAUGAAAACAAUCUUAACUCAACAGCAGCCAUAUGCUGGAUUAGCAGUGAUUUCAAGCAGCGGCUUGUGGUCAGCUACAUCACCACCGUGGCUCUCCCGUGUCUGGUGAUCCUGUGUAACUCCUGCAUGCUGGGGCUGGUGGUGUUCAAGAUGUGGGGCCUGAGGAGGGGCGGUGAGAGGCAGAAGAUGGACAGAGAGAAGGGAUCCAGGUUGUGGAAGGACUGUGCCACGGUGAUCGGGCUCAGCUGGGUGCUGGGUCUACCGUGGGGGUUAGCGAGCACCACCUACGUCUCCCUGCCGGGGAUCUACGUGUUCACCAUACUCAACUCCCUGCAGGGUGUUUUUGUGUUCCUGUGGUCUGUCGCUUUGACCUGCAAGUCUCGAUCGGACAUCUCCUCAUCCAGAGACCCCUCCUCCUCCCAGAAAAUGAUGACAACAAGUUUUAAUAACUGAUUCUUCAUUUUCAUCUUCAUGUAUUAUCCAUUGCCUAUAUUAGGUGUUUACUGGAACCAUAAUAACUUAAUUAGUCUGUGCUUUAAAUAAAAUCAUUAUAAACAAUAAAAACCUUGGAUUGAUUGA